AUGCACCAGUUAUUGGCCAGCUCUUCCGUUAGCGACAUUCUAGCAUUGGUGCACACCACUAAGGCGAUAAAAACUUUCUACAUGUCCACUUUUAUUAAGUGGAUAUGUCUAUUGGCGGUGGUCCUUUCUUCUUCCAAUCCUGGGUUUCGCCGUGUUUGGAAUCAGGUCAUUAAGCAAGCACUCUACUCCCGAAUGACGAACGAUUUAGUCAAGUUUGAGUCCUUCAUCCGCGUGCCGGAGAUUUUCUACGACAUGAUAGGAAUCACGCGGUACGGUGAGCCACGCCAUACGACGAGGGCGCGCUUGAAGCAGCUCUUCUUCUGGAGUUCGUACGCCAACACCAUAUUUUGCCUGAUAAUCGAGCACAUCUACUUCAUCAAAGCGGCCGGGAAUUUCACCAACUUUCUCGAACUAACGGCACUGGCACCCUGCAUCGGAUUUACGGCGUUAUCGAUUGUGAAAAUUAUGACCGUCAAGCUGAACGAGGCAAAGCUGAACCGAAUCCUGGACCGGUUGAAUGAUCUGUUUCCCACCAGUCACCUCGAUCAGGAACGAUAUCGUACGUUUCAGUACAAUCUGGAAUCGCAGGUUGUUAUGAAGUCGUUCUCCAUUCUGUACAUGAUACUGAUUUGGAUUUUCAACCUGCUGCCGCUGGUGUCGAUGUUGGUUAAUUAUUUGGCCAACGCGGUGUUGGAGAAAGAGCUGCCCUACUUUAUGUGGUACUGGUACGAUUGGAAUAAGGAAGGUUACUACGAAUUAACCUUCUUCCAUCAGAUUUGGGGUGGUUUUGAUUCGGCUGUGUUCAACCUGUGCACGGAUCUGAUGUUUUGUGCGAUAAUUUUGUUGCUCUGUCUGCAGUUCGAUAUCAUCGCGUAUCGGUUGAAGAACGCAACAAACGACUAUCGGGAGUUGGUUAGCUGUAUUGAACUGCAUCAGGCCGUUGUGGAUUUAAGUGAUCAGUUGGAAAGUAUAUUUUCCCCUUCAAUUUUGGUUAAUUUCGUCGGCAGCUCCGUUAUUAUCUGCUUGGUAGGAUUCCAAGCAACGUCGGAGAUUAGUGCGUUCGAUUUAUUCAAAUUUAUUCUGUUCCUGAUAUCAUCGUUGGUGCAAGUUUUCCUACUGUGCUACUACGGAAACAAACUGAUCGAAGCGAGCUCCCAGAUUGCCUACAGUGCCUUCGAGGGAAACUGGUACAUGGCGGACGCGCGUUAUCAGAAAUCACUGCUCUUUGUAGUUACUCGUGCCGGAAAGUGGCAAAAACUAACGGCGAUGAAAUUUUCCGUCGUUUCCCUUGCCAGCUACAGCGCGAUACUAAGUACAUCAUUCUCCUACUUCACAUUGCUGAAAACCAUAUACGAACCGAAGUAA